AAAUAUUUAUUUAGUUUUCGGUAUUCUAUUUUGUCGAGUCAAAACAUUUGAAACGAAUUUCCAAACUAUAACCGAUGUGGUCGUUUUGGAUAAAUAUUCCGUGAAGAAAUAUAUAAAUAUGUACCAAACACUUAUUGAUUACGUAGAAUCUAUGAAUAUGCUUUUCAAAUUAAUGGUUGUCAUAAUUUUAGUAGGUUCGUCUGCUAGGGCAGUCGUCGAAUUAUAUGAAGUUAUUUUCGUUUUGAAACGUCAAGAUUUUCUCGAGGUUAUAAUAUUGUUUGUGAUUGGAUAUCUUAAUGAACCUAUUUUUGCUGCCACUCUGUUGUCCAUGGUAACAGACUUGAUUCAAGAUAAACUGACAAACAUUAAGUGUAAAAUGAUUGCACAAAGAAAUCGUACUAAUGAUGAACGGUUACGUUUUGAGAUACAACAGUUACUGAUGUUAAUGGAUAAUCGUCCGCUCCAGUUUGGUAUCUUUCCUAACUUGCCUAUGACGUUGAGGGUUUAUCUCGGCUUUAUGUCUUUUGCUACAAUUAACAUAAUUGCUGUUUUACAAAUCAAAUCAUUUUAUUCUUAAUUGUAUACCAGCGUGUUUUUAAACUAUUAAUUAAUUCUACUUAUGUUGUGAUCUUCAAGCAAUUCUGUAACAUUGUGUGCUAGUUUGUCGUACUUCUUGGUCAGUGGCUUACGCCCCCAGUCAUAGAAGCACCCGUAGCCGAUACCCCCGAUUAGAUUUACCUAAUUAAAAGCUCAUUUUGGGGGCGUCGGCCACAGGUGCUUCGACCGGCGGGGCCGAUGGGAGCCUUCGCUACUGAUUCGUAUUUUAUG